GAACAUUACCCGAUAUUUGCGAGCAAACUAAUGGGUUCGGUCUCAACGGAUGGGUUUACUUUAGUCAGGUGAAAUCUGGCGGGAAAAUAUUAUGGCUUCUCAUCGUUUUCGCCUCACUUGGUGUAGCUGCAUUGUUCCUUCAUGCUUCAAUAGUAGACUUCACAAAGAGCACUGUAGUUACAACUAUAGACACUACCACUGCACCCCUGACAGACGUAUACUUCCCGUCUGUAAUCCUGUGCAGUAUAAACCAGAUUAGAAAAUCGCUAUUCAGGAGUCUGGGUGUAUCUAACUCCUCCCAUAUUGAACUGUUCCUGCAGACCUUCUACUCCGGAAGAACAAGUUCUCUGACCCAGGAGGAGAAGAUGAUCAUCACGGAGUUGGCCAUGAGGAAAGAUGUUGUACAAAAGUUGAUUCUACACUGGCAUCUGUACUCUGAUACAAGUACACUGGAUAUGGAGGACCCAUCUAACCAAAAUAUCAGUGAAAAGUUUGAGAAUUGGGAGAAGUUCAGAUCUACUUUCAAAGAGUUUAUCAAAACUUUUGAUUAUAUUCGAGAUCUUGCCGUAGACCAUCCAGGGGAUACACCGUUCAUUUCUGCCAGGUUCGGUUCUGAAAUAUUGUCCGUAAAUACAACUAGUUUUCUCCCAUUCUUUGGAACAGACUUCGGAUUCUGCUCUAUCAUAAAACCCCAGGUGACUUUCGAUCCCCGUUUAUCUGGUUUGAGUUGGGAAAGAAAACUUCUGUAUGGACCUGAGUACCCAGAGAUAUCCUACACUCACAGUUGGAUUAUACAACCUGGAGCUAAGGUUGGAAAAACUAAUGGAUUUACAAUGAUGCUGGAUGCAGAAACCUUUGACUACAUGUACCAGAUAAAACCUAGUGAAGGGUUUAAGAUGUCUGUUCAGCAUCAUCUAGAUCAACCCUUGAUGUCAGUCAAUGAAAUAGAUAUCAGCCCGGGGUUUGAAUCGCAGGUUGCAGUGAACCCGACACUGUACACCACCACACCAGAAGCUAUAUAUCGGUUUACACCUGAAGAGAGGGGAUGCUACUCUCAAAAGGAAAUAUUAAUGAACCAUCUCCCCGACGGAAUGUACAGAUAUGACAUCGGUAAUUGUUUUUUUGAAGCUGCCUAUUCCAAGAUUUUGGAGGAAUGCAAGUGUACACCAUACUUCCACUGGGGUCCUGUUCCACUCGAUACAAUUACAUCAACAAGACCAUUUUGUAAGGCGGAGACCCUACUCUGUAUGAACGAAAUCCUUGGAAAAAUUGGAGAAUAUAAAGAGAUCAAGUAUGGAUCCAAAACAUUUCCUUGUUUGGCGGCUUGUGAAGACCAAACAAACGAAGUAUCAAUAUCUCAGAGUACAUUACCAAACAGGGAAACUUUGAUUCAGAGACCUGAGUUUUGUUUACUAGUCUACAGGCUGGAAAAAAGCUGUAAGGGAUUUAAAAGAGAAGGCUUGGAUGAAUACUACCCUGGAAUGUGUAGCAGAAUUCAAGUCGGAAUAUUGGAAGGACUUUGCUCGGAGGAAGAUAAAACUGGAUACAUACACAGAGCAAACCAUACAGGUAUACUGAGAGCAAACCACACAG